AUGGCCGAGUUGCUGAACCGGAUCAAAGCGGAGAUGGAGGCGGCCGCCGCAGAGAACUUCGGGUUCCAGAGCGCGGUGGAAGCCUCCACGGAGACGCGUGUAGAAGCUCUGACUGCCCUCCUGGAGAAGCUCCCUGCUCGCGAAGUGGACAUGGGCGAAGGGUGUGCGCCGGGACCUGUGCCUGCGUGUGCAGAGCAAAUUCGCGAUUGCGGUGUUCGCGCAGAGGCAUGCCAGGGAGAGUGCGCCGCGACGAAUGCUAGAGUUCGCCAGUCGGUCGAUGCGAUUGUCGAGAACGGCAAAGCUGCAGACAUGGCUGCCGACGAGGAGACACUUCGGGCACAGCGAGAAGAGGAGUUGCAGCCUCUCCGGACGAAGACCCAUCUGCUCGCGAAGCUUUAUGGAGACGAGGGAGCCGACCGCGAUGAGAUCCUGGAGGAGGUGUACACACCGGAGGAGGUGGCAGGAUUCAGUCAGGAGGUCAAAGAGUCCAUACCGAAGAGGUGGCUUUCUGAGCAUGGUGCUUUAGCCAAGGCCGUCAGCCAGAACCUCACAGCCAGCGCUGGCCUUCCCGAGUCGCACAAGGCGAUCAACGACCUGAAGCAAAGCGAGACGGAGGUGGAGGAGCAGGCACAGCGCAUCGCCGAGAAAGCCACGGAGUCCAAGGAGGCGCUCUUUGCCCUGCAGACCUACGAAGAGAGCCUCGUGGACAAGAAACACCAGAUCGAAGAUCUUCGCGGCGCUGCCUCGGCGAAGGUGACUGAGACGGGAGAAAAGCUCCAAGCGAAAUGGAACGAGUGCAAGGAGCUCUUGACCCAGUAUCGCUUCGACCACCUCCGCAACGAAGUGCUGUAUGUCCGGGAGCGAAUCGCGGAGGAUGCUCAUACCAGGGCACAGGACGAGCUGAACGCAGCUCGCGAGGCUUGGCAGAUCACAGAGGAGCAGGCCGACCGCUGCAUAAACGAGGCGCAGAAGUGCGUCACAGACAUGAGGGCGGCACGCGAGGAAGCCGAUGGGCAGCUGUUGGAGCACACACAGGGCCCCGUCAAGGCCCGGUGGUUCACUUCGGAGAUUAGCCACCAGAUUGCUAAGAGGGAGGUGGCCCGGCAGGAGAAGCUCAUUCGCGAAGCCGAGAAGGAGAAGGUCCAGCAUGAACGUGCCCUUGCCAAGCUGGAACGCCAGAAGCGGGAGGGCAAGAAGAAUCAGAAUGCCAUCCACAACGAGAAGGACAAGGGAAAGCAAGUGGCCCGCAAGAUUGCGAACCUGACUGCCGAUCUCAAGCAUCUUCAGGACCAGGCAGCUGCCGCGGCCAACCAGUGCGCAGCACUCCAGGCUCUAGCCGUCCGGGGCGACGUGGCGGCCCUCGAGGGAGUGGAGGCCGAAAUCGAGCGCUCCUAUGGCAGCAAGGACCUGCUGGAUCAGGAGUUCGAGUCGGAUGACUCGUCCGAGGCCGCGAGCUCCUCUGAGGAUCUCCAGGGCUGGGCCACCAUGAACGCAUCAGGUGCUCGGAGCUCCGAUUCGGCGGGCAGCACUGCCCUGGCAAAGCAGUCAGACAUGGCAAAAGCAAUCGAGGACGUCGAGAAGAAGUGGCGAAAGGAGCUCAGUGCUACCGAGCAGAAGUGUGCCGACCAGCAGAUGCAGAUCGAUCGUCUGACGGAGAUGCUGCAGCAACUCCAGCAGGAAAAAGCUGCCGGCGCUGGUGACGCGAGUCCACAUGGCUCCUUGAACUCUUUCACCAUGGUCGACCAGCCCCAGUUCAUGGGUGGUGCGACACAAAAUGAAGAGAGGCCCGGAGAAGCCGCUGGGAACGGAGCCAGCUCAUCCACUCGCGACUGA